GGGGAAGACAUAGUCGCGAGUUGCAGAGUCGAGAGAGGUCGCGCUUCCCCGCGGAGCUGCCCUCCGACAGCUAGGGGCCAGGGGGCGCCUGAAGUUGAUUUGAGGGCUUUCCCCUCUCCCGUCGGCGAACUUUUCAAGGGAGAAACUGGGUUUGUGAAUUCAUCCUGGAGUUAUUGAUGGCUUAGGUGUUUUAAGAUGGAGACAACCAUGCCAUAGAGUAAGAAUCAAAAAAUGGAACCUUUACACAAGAACUUUAAGGUACGAGUGUGGUGAUAUCGUUAGACAGAAGAAACUUUGAACGUUGGACAGAUCAGUCUUCUUAUGGCUCUUGUUCAUCCUUUUAUAUGAAGAAGCAUGGCAUAGUGGAUAGAAAGCCAGCUUUUGAAGCCAGAAGACCUGGGUUCAAGUUCUACUUCUGAUAUUUACUGGCUAUGUAACCUGGAUUUUAACCCGUUGAGGAGUUAUGUCUUUGGCUUAAGGAUAGAAAGACCAGACAAUUUCUACAGCACCUGAUCAUUGCUUGAGAAUCCCUGAAACUUCUCACAAGGUUGCAAGGAUAGUGAGGGCUCUGAUUGUCCUGUACCUCUCACCCAGAGUGAGGACUGCAGCCAAAGCCCUAUCAGAAAAUACAUACUUCAGACCAUCUCAUGGCAGAACUAGAUAAAGGUUUACUAUGUGUGCCUCUCUCAUCUGACCUACCUCUCUUCCCUUCUGGAUGGAAAUGAAAAUUGGGAACCAACAGAACAGAAUCUGGUGAAACUUGGAAAUGCUCCUGCUGUAGUAAUGAGUUUAGCACUUUCACACUAUGGGAAUCUAAUGUGUGCCUCUGCAAACACAGACUAUCAGACACCAGCCAGAAAUUGCCUAAGAAGCUGGGACUUGGAAGACUAAAAAAGCAAAGCAAAAGAAACACAGAGGUACAAACCUAGGCAAAAAGUAUUUGCCUAGAACCUUGGUGCCAUUUCUUUUGGCCUCAAGCUUGUGUAGCUUCUGCAGUUUAGUUAGUGUGUACAGUACUGUUCUUCCACUUGUGCCUAAAUGGGACAACAGCCCAGCAGCCAGCCUGAAGACGAAGGGGUGAGAAGCAAAGUCCAUGGCAACUUAUCCUUGCCAAUUAUGUGGGAAGAUACUCCUUACCCUGGAAAAAUUCACUAUCCACACUUACUCCCACACAGGGGAACGUCCUUACAAGUGCUUGCAGCAAGGCUGUGCAAAAGGAUUCAUUUCCAAAUAUAAGCUCAUCAGGCACAUGGCCACCCAUUCCCCGCAGAAGUCCCAUCAGUGUGUGCACUGUGAAAAGACGUUCCACCGGAAAGAUCACCUCAAGAACCAUCUCCAGACUCAUGACCCCAACAAGAUGGCCUUCGGGUGUGAUGAGUGUGGAAAGAAGUACAACACCAAGCUUGGCUACAAGAGGCACUUGGCCCUUCACGCGGCCAGCAGCGGCGACCUGACAUGCAGAGUUUGCGCCCUAGAGCUGGGGAGCACCGAGGUGCUGCUGGAUCAUCUCAAAGCCCACGCAGGGGGGAAGCCGCCUCCCGGAGCCAAGGAGAAGAAGCAUCAGUGUGACCACUGCGAGAGGUGCUUCUAUACCCGAAAGGACGUUCGGCGCCACCUGGUGGUGCACACGGGUUGCAAAGACUUCCUGUGCCAGUUCUGCGCCCAGCGAUUUGGCCGGAAGGACCACCUCACUCGGCACACCAAGAAAACGCACUCCCAGGAGCUGAUGAAAGACCGGCUACAAAACGGCGACCUGCUGAGCUCCCGCGAUCCACAUUCUCCACCAUUUCAGCUCCACGAAGGGGCUGCCACUGCUGCGCCGACUCCUUUCUCGCUAGGUGUCUGUGGCCAGAAUGGGCUGGGGAGUGGCCUGCCGGCAGAGGGCCAGAACCCCCCAUCUGGGCCCUACGAGCAGGGCCUGAGGCACUCCCACCCACUUCCAGAGGCUCUAGCAGCCAUUCAGCCAUCGGGGUCUCCAGAGUCACCUCCUUGUAGUCUUCAACCCCCGGAAUAUGAUCCAGGCUCUACCUCAUACUCGCCGCUCCCCCACCCCAAAAAUCUGCCCCUCAAAACAGCCUCAAAGGGAUUCUGCAACAUGAACCUCCUAGAGGAACUGGUUUUACAAGAGCCUCACUCAGCCGCCAGGGGCAGCCCCGACCUCGAUCUGUCGAAGGGCAUUGUGGACAGAUUAAACAUCAACAAGGAAAUGGCGAUGCCCGAGGUCAUGAACCGAGCUGCAGCCUCGCCCGCCUCUUUGGAUCUCUCUCACUUCCUGGGGCUUUGGCAGCUGCCUCCCUCUCUCACCCAAAAUGUCCAUGGGAACAGCGCCAUGAGCCUGGGACCCAGGGAGUCGCUCCCCCACAGACUAAGCCGUCUCGGGCCUCAGCAGCAAGAACCGCAGCUCGCUAUGGGCAGCCUGACGCUCAAUCAGCUCCAUAUUCCUCACAUUCCUCAUACUUUCCCUGCCAGCCCCAGCUCUACCAUACUGCCUCAUUUCCACCAUGCGUUCAGAUGACUUCCAUUUUAGACUAGUACUUUUCUGUCGGAGAAAACUUUGCAAGCAGGCCAGCCCAGCCACCAAGAGAUUAUGGAAACUAGGGUUGUCUGCCUUGGGUGACUGGCUUCACAUCAUGACGUCUGGAAAAAGACACGUGUGCAAAAUCACCAACUGCAUGUAUUGUGCCAAUCUGCCAUGAGUGUUCAUGCUUUGUACCAAAUUUUAUAUGAGUGAGUAUUCUAUAGUGGAACUGCAAAUACUGCCAUAACAGGCAUACAAAACGAGGGCUGCUAUAUAGGUACGUCGGGCCAAGUGGAAAUUAACUUCAAGCCAUGCAUCAUAGUAAAAAACAGUAUACACACAGUGACCAUUUUUAUAUGGCCUCUAGGUGGACCACUAGAUGAAUAAGGGCCCUACCUAGUAAAUAAACUUCGGGAAACUUCAUUUCUUCAAGUUGAGAAGAUAUAAUGUUUCUUUUUCUUUCUUUUAAUAAAAAUAAAAUACCUUUAUGGGGAUAAAAUUUAAGGAGGCUGUGAACUUCAGUCUACUUCAGCAGUUCAGGGAUUUUUCUGUCUUCAGGGUUGGAAAUAGUUUAGUUACUACUGCCAUAGUCAAAUAAAAGUCUUACAAAAAAAAAAACCAACCAGCUUCUUAUAGAAAGUUCUUUGUUUUAAAAACAUAUUUUUAUGUAGUUUCCAUCUUCAGAGUGGUGAGGAUGUUUUGCUGACUCCCCUAGUUUCUCUUAAACAUCUAAAUGAUUCAGUAGGAAAAGUCCCUAUGGAUUGGUUCUUGGUUAGAACUUCCAAUGUGUGCAAAUAAUGCACAGGCCAAUAAAGAAAGACAUUUGCUGAUUUGAAGAAUUAUUAUUAUUUCAGUAGGAGUAUGAGAUUGCUUUGUCUCAAAACCCCUUGUUCAAGUUCUUUAUUUGAUAAAGUUGGGCUUUAAAUAUUAUUGUACUUAGGAUCCUAAAUGCUGUUUUUCAACACAUAAUAAAUGCAAUAUUUUUCACUUCUUGAAAAAA